AUGUUUUUUCUCAUCGGUUUCGGAUGGCAUGUAGCUGCCAGUUUUGCAUUUGUUCUUGCUAUUUUAUCUCCCAAUUGGUUAACUGUUCAAACAGUACCAUCAUUAGGAAGUUUUCAAAUUCAACGAGGUGUUUUUUAUGUAUGUGAUUUGGUUGCACAGAAUAGUACAUUUACAACAACUCGAUGUGCAUCCAUUAUUGGAGUAGAUUCAUCACUCAAUUCAACAGGUCGAUGGAGUUAUAACUUUGCUAUUUCAUCGGCAGCCAUUGCUAUUGGAUGUGCUGGACUCAGUAUUAUUGUCUUAUGGUUAUCUGGCAUCUAUUUUAAUGUUCGUAAAAAAAAUUCAUGUACAACAUGUUUUUUACUAAGUAUCUGCUUAUUACUUUUACUUACCUUCUGUGCAUCAUUUGUCGUUUGGAUUUUACUUAUAUCUGAAACUCUGACAAUGGGUUAUUCAGUUAAUCGUUCAAUAUUCAAUUGGCCAAUGUGGUUAGCUGUUGGUGCAACAGGUGGCUAUUUAAUGGCAUUAUUAACAAUGCUUUUUUCAUUUUGUGCAGUAGUUUGUCAUGGACGCAAAGAAGAUCGAAGUUUAAAUUAUGCAGCAAAUAAAUUUUGA